CCACCUGUACGGACGUUUCGUUGGUGAAGUACAUGCACUUCCGCCAUCGAUCACACGCCCUUCGAUGUUCGAAUCAAGUUGGGGUGCACUUUUCAGAUGAGACUGUUACUGUCUGCACUGUUUGUACCAUCUCUUCCCAGUCACCCAAACUCACACUAAACGCAGAUUUGGUCUUAUCUUAUCAGUACCAGAUCGAAUGAGCUAACCCGCACUGAGGUGACAGAGGUUGGCAAUCGUUAGUGUGACCGUACACAGUGCGUGGGGUGGGGUGGCUCUGGUUACAAGCGUCCGGUGGUUUGGUUAAAUACCGAUUGUUCGGGGACUUGAUCUGAAACAGAAAUCCAACGACUGAGUCAUCAUGGAUCCGCAGCAGCUGGCAAAGGAGAAGAGUCUUCCCUUGGAAACUGUCGAGGAAAUAAUCAGGAAUUUUAGUGAAUUUGAUUUGGACAACAACGGUUACAUCACACCCAAGGAGCUAGGAGAUGUCUUCCAUUCUGUUGGAAUCGACCUGCCUGGCUAUGAGAUCAGAGAGCUCAUCAAAAAAAUUGACAAAAACAACGACAACAGAGUUGAACUCUCAGAAUUUUUCAAUUUGUACUGUGAAAUCAAGAACAAAGAAGUCGCCAAGACAUUCCGCAAGGCAAUCUCUAAGAAGGAGGGAAUCUCAGCUUUGGCAGGCACUUCGCACACGUCAGCUGAGGGCACCACCCACUCUGUCGCUGAAGCUGAGAAAGUCGCCUUUGCCAAUUUUAUCAACAAAAAGCUGGCCGGUGAUGAGGAAGCGAGGGCUUAUUUGCCAAUAAGUGAAGCCACUAAUGACAUCUACAAGAAGGUUGACGAUGGAAUACUCCUGUGCAAAAUGAUCAAUGCGUCUGUAGCGGAUACCGUGGAUGAGCGAGCCAUCAACCGAGGCAAGAAGCUGAACAUCUACACCAAGCAAGAAAACCUGACUCUUGCGUUGAACUCAGCCCGUGCCAUUGGUUGCAACAUCGUCAACAUUGGUGCUGAAGAUCUGAAUAAAGGAACACCUCAUCUGGUUCUGGGAUUGCUCUGGCAAAUCAUCCGUGUUGGGCUGUUUGCCAAGAUUGAUCUCCAUGAAGUGCCUGGUCUGAUGCGAUUGCUGAGAGAGGGUGAGGAUAUUAACACCUUACUCUCUCUGUCACCAGAAGAGCUGCUGAUCCGUUGGGUCAACUACCACAUGGAACAGGCUGGAAGCCCCCGCCGAAUUAACAACUUUGGUGAAGACAUCAAGGAUUCUGAGGUCUAUGACAAGUUGCUGAGACAGAUAGCUCCUAAAGAAAUCCAGCUAGGUCAUGUCCCCCAGUCUGCUCCUCCACUGGACAGGGCCGAAGCCGUGCUGGACAAUGCAGAGUUAAUGAAAUGCAGGCAGUUUGUGACGCCUCAGGAUGUUGUGAAUGGUAACCAGAAGUUGAACAUGGCUUUUGUUGCCAAUCUGUUCAACACUUACCCCGCCCUAGAGGCUCCCGAUGAAGAACUGGAGGAAUUUGAAGAGACUCGUGAAGAGAAGACUUUCCGGAAUUGGAUGAACAGUCUGGGUGUGAGUCCCCAUGUCAACCGAUUGUUUACUGAUCUCUGCAAUGGACUGAUCUUACUGCAGCUCAUUGAGAUCGUCAAAGGAGACCCCAACUUUGUCGACCCUAAACGGGUCAACAAAAUGGACAAGCUGAACAAGCCUGGCGGGAACAUGAAGAAAGUGGAGAACUGCAACUAUGCCGUGGACCUGUGCAAAGGAAUGAAAUUCUCUUUGGUGGGAAUCGGUGGGAAUGACAUCUACGACGGUAAUGACAAGCUGACAUUGGCUGUCGUCUGGCAGCUCAUGAGAGCAUACACCCUACGACUUCUGUCCAAGGUGGGAAGCGUCGAUGGCAAGAUAUCUGACAAAGCUGUUGUGGAUGCUGUCAAUAACAAGCUGGAGGCUGCAGGCAAGACUAGUCGUAUCACCGGCUUCCAAGACCAAUCCAUUGCUGAUAGCCGUGUUGUGCUGGAGUUGGUGGAUGCUAUCCGUGACAAGUCUGUCAACUGGGCCAACUACAAUGAGUCUGCUAGCUCAGACGAGGAGAUGCUAGGCAAUGCCAAAUAUGCCCUCUCCAUGGCCCGUAAGAUUGGUGCAGCGGUCUAUGCUCUCCCAGAAGAUAUCGUGGAAGUCAAGCCGAAGAUGGUCAUGACCGUCUUCGCCUGUCUCAUUGCUGUUGCCAAGGCAGAGGAAGAAAGGGAGGACAAGUAGGUCAAAAGUUAAAGGUCACCCAGUCUUCAGGGGAGAAAGGACUAACCAUGACCCAAUAAUGAAUCCUACUAAACCUCAAAAUCUGUGCUUUAAUUUUUUACAAAUAAAUUUUGCUAUCACGUGUACAGAAUUUUUAGACUCUGGCCAUCUGCAGAGGCACUAUCAAGAAUUGAGCUGGUUAUAUGCAUGCAUUCCGAGUUUAACUUCUGUUUAUCAUACUCAAUGAUUUGAAAAUUGAGAAAUUCAUUAAACCCUUAUUGGGUACUCACCUUGAGAAGACGCCUCAUGCCUUGGUGAAUAGGCACAAUUUCUUGUAGUGAACAGCGACACAUUCCAAGAAACCAUCUCGGAAUCCUUCCAUGUGGAGUUUUGCUGCUUGGUGUUGCAUUUUCAAGUAACUUCAAUAUGGAAGGUGUUAGAACAUUCUGCUUGCUAGCAAAAUAUUGUAUCCAAAUAGCAAGGUUUUAAAAAGCGCUAAGCAUUCCUUCCAAAGCUUACCAAGUUUUGCCUCCAUUUAAUCAGAGUGUGGGGCUCUUGCUAGAAUCCACUUCAACAGGCAAGCAUUGUUUGUACAUUACUUAAAUCAAACUAACGUUCUGCAUGUAUAUUAACAUAAAGCAAUCAAAAUUGGAGUUGAUUUAUCUACCUAGCCACACCCUGAAAAGUUUGAAAGUAAAAAAAGAAAUGGCUGGAGAAUUAAUGAUCUUGGGCAUUUUGGGAACAGACAUAUUGCCUGUUUCUGAACAGUACAAGCAUGCUUAUAAAAUAAGCCAUUCUUGGCAUGAGCAAAUACCAAUUUUCAGGCUAAAGAUCUAGAGUAUUUCAGCAUGUUUUAGUACAUAAUUACUUUUGUAUUACUUUGUGAAUAGGAAACCUGUACCUUUGGCUUUCAAAGCAAAAUAUUUGGGUAAUUUUUCCAACUCUAAUGGUUGUUUUGAUUAAUAAAUCCUGUUUGGGAUAUGUUUCUGUUGAAUUUUUUUUUAUAGUGGUCAUUUAUACUGACUAGUAGGUGCGGUUGAGGGAUUGUCUGAAAAAAUAUCGUGGCACUUAUUUACUGUUAGUGUAGAAAAAAUAGUUGUAAAAGCAAGUUAUUGUAAGCACUUAUGCACUGCUUUAAUCUCUAGGGUUUUUUUACCAUAUACUUUUGUUUUAAAUCUAAACUUUUUUGCUUUGAAAUGAAGAAGGAAAAAGGCUCUAUUUUACCAAAUGAAUGAGUUUUUAUAGGCUUUGAGACGAUAUGUUAUAAAACAAAAUCAAUUUGCAAAUGAUAGUGCAUAAACAUGGCAACAUUUUCUUGGCCAAGGAAUAACAAAAUGUAAAAAGAUAUUAUAAAUACAUGUAAGUCAGUAGGUUAAGAAAUCUGUAGUAGAUAUUGGGAACUUUCAUUUUAAGAGAAAGCAAAAGUAAGCGUUUUCUUGAGUUUUAAUAGAUCGCAGAAUAUCUGCCGAAGGGGAAUUGUUGCUUUUUCAGUUAGCAUGGAUUAAUUCUUUUCUAUUUUGACUGACAUUGUUAUGCAAUGCAAACAUCUCUAUUUUUGGUAAUGACUAUUAAAUCUUGAUGACGGUCUCAACCAUUCCGUGUCCAAAAUAUUACUUUGUUAUCAGACCAUUGGUGUAUUUUUCCUAUCAUUCCUUUUGGCUCUCGUGCAUUUCCAGUUAAUCAUAAAUCGUUGACAAUGAACAGAUUUCCUAAAUACAACUAAGUUAAGUUGUAUGCCUGACACAAACACUUUCCUAGACUCUAAAGUCCUUGUAGCUUUGAGGAUUGCCUGACCAUCUUCAGCACGAUUUACUUUCAGGAAUUCGGGGAUUUAUUCUCUCCAUCGGCUUCGUCUUUUUCUUAUUCUGUGCUGCUACACAAUCAAAGUUGCUUAUGGUGGUGAAAUUGAAUUGCUUUGAUAUAAUUUACUUUGAAUUGAAGCUUUUGAUUUGAAAAAUGCAAUCCAUUGUAAGUGUUAUUUCUUUGUGGAAUGCGUCUAUUUUCUGUGAUGUAUAUUUGAAUUUCUGCAUUAGCCUCCUAGAUUUCAUUAGUAAUGCCUGUGAUUUAGGAAAUUUCUUUUUGCACAAUGAAGUAAGUAGAUAUUUGCAUAUGAAUACUUCGGUACUACUGCUUGAUUGGUUGCUGUAAAGUCCUUUUUUAACUGAUCGUUUAUUAUGUACUAACCCCAGACUUGAUUUCUUUCUUUCUGACUGCUGCUGUGUUUAGAAAUGUUAUCCAUAUAUACCUUGCUUAUUACAGAGCAUUGAAGGUACGAAAUCCUGUCUGUUUGAAAGAAUAAGACAGUACCUUAAGCUAUUUGUAUAAUUUUGCUAAAAGUGAAAGCUACAGAUGUUAGAAUAAAUAGGUAUAACCAUCUUUAUUUUCAGUUAAACAGAAAGUGCCUUUUAAUUAAUUGGCGGUUAACAAAGUCCUGACAUCUGUACGUUCUUAAGACGUGUACCAUUGCCAGUGAAUUCGUUAAAUGGUUUGCCGUACAUCAUUCAGGAAGUAGCCAUAAAAUAUGUAAUGUUGGGAUCGCAUUAUACAAGUACAUGUUUUACUCAAGAUAAGUUUACUGAGUCAAGGAAAUGUGAAGCAUAGAGGCUGCUUUGAUUUAUGCAUUUACUCUAUGCCGAUUGCAUUUCCCACGGUAAUAAUAUUGUAGAACUAUUCACCAGCAAUAUGUAAUAUAGAUUUAAAAAUAUCUGCGUAGGCCUGUUUUCCUAGUAAGUAUUUUAGUUCAUAUCCACUGUAUUUGUCGAAACCAUUGUACUGGCAAAUUUGUCAGUGUGCUGGGUGCUCGCUGGUACUCCACAUAUCCCUAUUUCAUCUUAGACUGCUGGCGGAGGUUAAGUGUGCCUCAUGGAGCAGUAAUUUGACAACCAGAAUUAGACCUCACUACUGCAGUGGCACAGCACUGGUGGACAGGAGGCGCACGUUACAGGCCUCUUCGACCAAUAGGGUGUCGAGCUUUGCCAAAUACACGCUCGCGUCAAGCUGAAGAGUGCGCGUGUGAGUACGGUGCAUGCUACUGCAGUUCUGGCUUCUAAUUUAAUUAGGUUAUUAGGUACCGAAGGGUCACGGUGACUGGCGUCACUAUGCAUUCUUCUGUUUUGCCUGAAGUUACCUGGAAUUGUGUUAUAAGAGCUCUGUUCUUAGGUUCUGCCACAGAAUCUGUGUCGUGGUAUGAGGGAGUUGUAACUUGCACGGGAGGCGAUCACUGUGCUUGACCGUCCAUAGCAAACUGUUGCUUGAUCAAAAACACCACUUGAAGAUAUGUCACGUCUAAACUUUGCAUGUUGCUUUCAGUGGGAAUAAACCUCGCAACCAUUUACUCGUAUUCUUGUUA